AUGGUCAGACGUAAAUUGGCUGCCUGGCUCCACCAAACUUCGCCGCCCAUGGCAACCUCUCCAAAUGAAGAGCCCAAAAGACAGACCGUUAGGCACACAGUCGACCUGCCACCUAGUUUACCAGAAAAUAAACGCCAUAAGCAGAAGCUCCAGAGAGAAGAACCUACCUACAACAACAACAAUUCCCGAAUUGCAAAUUCCCAAAGGAAAAACAAUACUCCCUCAACGAUGGCGUCGUCGAAGAUGAUUGCGCUCGCGCAGAAAAUCACCUCCGAGACAGAGAAAGUAGAGGCUUACUUUAAAGUCAACGGCCUAGCAACUCCAAGCUUUGAUGCGCAUGCGCCCGGCGACUUUUCUUUCAUGCCAGAAGACAUUUCCCGAAGCCGACGAGAGGUCAUUCAGGCCACCCAAGAGCUACAUGAUCUCAUGGUUGGUCCCCGAGAGUCGGUUCGAUGGAUGGCUUGGGACUUCAUGAACACCCAGAGCCUACAGCUUCUCAACUAUUUUGGGAUCCCGGCACUUGUGCCCCUUGACGGUUCCAUCACGCUCUCAGAGCUCCAAGCCAAAACGCCUCUUGACCCGAUCAACCUUGCCCGCGUGCUACGACAUGCUAUGACGAACCACGUAUUUCAGGAAUUGAAGCCCGGCGUAAUUGCGCAUACGGCUGCAUCAAAACUUCUAGCCGAGGACCAGGAAUUGCAAUCCUGGGUGAUAUUCAAUACAGAGGGCGUCUACCCUGCAUCCGCGCAGGUAAUCAAUGCCCUGAAAGCAUAUCCCGAAGCGACAAGCCUUACCCGCACUGGCUUCAACUUCGCCUUCAACACAGUAAACCUGGAGCCUAUGUUCGUCACGAUCGGAAAGGACCCCAAGCGCGCCAGUCGCAUGGCACAGGCUAUGAGUAGCCUUACAGGAGGCGAAGGAUACGAACUGUGGUACCUAUCGGAAGGCUGCGACCUAACAGAUGUGAACGCCCGCGGUGGAACUAUGGUCGAUGUAGGAGGUAGUCAUGGCUUCGUCGAUGUGCAUCUAGCCAAGGUGUACAACAACAUCAAGUUCGUGGUACAGGACCUCCCCAGCACCGUCGAGAGCGCGCCGAAGCCCAUCUGCGCAGAUGCUAAGAUCACUAAGCGCAUCCAAUUCCAGGCGCACGACUUCUUCAAGGAGCAGCCCGUCCGCGGCGCCGAUGUGUACUUCUUCCGAUGGAUCAUGCACAAUUACUCGACACCCUACGCCGUCCAGAUCCUCCGCAACCUAAUCCCAGCCCUGAAGCCUGGCGCACGAAUCAUCAUCAACGACCACUGCCUCCGAGAGCCUGGUAUGGAGAACCCUUGGGAUGAACGUCUGAUCAGAAGCAUGGACCUUGUCAUGUUGAGCUUGCUGAACGCGCAGGAGCGUGGGGAGGAGGAUUUCAGACAGCUAUUCAAAAUAGCUGGAGACGGAUUCGUGUUCAAAAGUGUCACCAGACCGAAGGGUUGCCGCAUGAGCAUCAUCGAGGCAGUGUGGAAGCCGGAUGAGGUUGACCAGACAGCAGUGACAAAGAACCUUUCCGACCUUACACUUACGUAGAAGCGGUAUGGGCAGGGAAAACCGUCAAGAUACGUGGGCUGCUCAUCUCGAGGUGUGGGCGGUCGGGUGGCUAAGUCUGCAAGCAAGUGUUACUUAGAGAGUCGUUACGGCGGAAAAGACCACUGUGCAUAAGGCAACGAUAGUGAUGCGCUGGGUAGAGAAUGCCCCUCCUGUUGAUUGCAUAGCCGGAGGAAAAGUUCAUGAGUUCUGCUUCUGCUUUUUUUCGUUUUUUUUUCUUUGCUGGAUUUUUUGAGCUUGAUACCUGACCCCUUGACCGUUUGCGCCUGAACGCAGGAACACGAAACGAAUAGGAGAAAAAGGAGGUUAAUUCGGACAAACCCUUCACGAUUAUGAUGUCACAGGGAACGAAGAAUGUAUGGUUAAGGGGCGCCAUACGCGAGUCUGUUAAUAAUAUCGGCAUUGCAAAAAUAUGUGCUUUCCUGGGGAUGUUUAGCUCCGCCUCAGAUCGUCCCGCCUCUCCCCGUUUCUUUGUGUUUUAAGA